AAACUUUCCAGUUUCCAUCUUAUCAUUCCGAAGCUAAGUAUAAAUCUAUCAAUUGCUCAAUAUAGACGAUGAUAUUGUUAGUUUUUUUUUGUGUAUGUUCAUUUCUGAAGUUCACCGAUUCCGAACUACCUUUGGAAUAUUGUACGGAACUGAUAAAUUAUGACAUAUUAUAUAAAGAAUGUUUACAAAACGCAAAAACUAUUCCAUUAUCAUAUAAAACCAGAUGUAAGGAAUAUAAAAAAGAUGGUCAAGAUUGCGAAAAGCUUUUUAAGCAUAUUUCAAAGGUAACUACAACCACUUCAAAAAGAUAUAUUAAAAGACGGAAUCUACAAGAUUUAAAACAUUCAAAACAGAAACAGCGUGAGAGUCAUACAAGACCUAAGCAUCAACAACGCCGUUUAAAGUCUUCCAAAAAUGAUAACUCUUUCAGCAAAAAUAAGAAGACGUAUAAUCCUAACGAAAAAUACCUUGAAAUCAUGGAUAAAUGUUUGAAGAAAAAAUACACUAUAUCGUUUAUCAAGUGUUUGAAAGACAAUGGGUUUUCAGCACUAAGUUGAAAGUUCGGAUUUUUAAAACAAAUGAAUCCAAAACUUGGUGCAACAAAAUUGUCAACAAAAUCUUAUUUCGUUUUAAUGUUCUUUAUUAUGAAUAAAUUGACGGAAUAAUAUGAUGAAUGUGCAAAA